AUGGAUGCCGAACGUGCUGCUCGCAUUCUAUUGCGAUCCUCGGGCCUCCGACGGAAGACAUUGAGGCUCUCGCAGAACGUACGCGCUGCCGGAGGCGGCAAACCACCGGAACCUGGCGAACGUAAAGCAAUGCGAAAGAAGCUUUCCCUUACGAACGUCAAUGCCAUCGAAAUUAAAGACUUGAAGGAUUUGACCCCCGACAAUGCGAGUCAAGACCGCCUAGCGCCGCUACAUGCGCGCAUGAUGGGUCUUCAGCAGGCAACCGUGGACUCAUUACGCGCACUGGAAGCUUUCAGACAUACACAAGCAUGGUCAUUUUUCCGUCGACCCGCGACUCUGGUGAGGAAGGACACUCUCCUCAUGGCAGGCAAAAUUGAACGUCUGGAUGCGCGCGUCGGUGAAAGUGAGCAAGCGCCUCAAACAGCCCGGUCAAUCAUCACCGGCGCUAAAGGAACGGGGAAGAGCGUGCUUCAAUUGCAAGCCAUGGCUAUGGCACUACAACGCGGCUGGAUCGUGGUUCAUAUUCCCGACGGAAAUGAAAUCACCAUCGGACACACUGCUUACGAGCCCAUCUCGACUCCAGACGGAGUCGUAUACAUUCAACCGCAAGCGACUGCCAAGCUUUUGUCGAAUGUCCUGAACGCGAAUCGCCAGCUGCUUAUGAAGCUACGUGUCAGUCAGCAGCAUAAACUUGCAGUGCCUCUAAAGGAAAACAUGACACUUGCGGAACUUGUACAACUGGGAGCGGCACAAGCCGAUCUCGCGUGGCCCGUGUGGAAGGCAUUCUGGACCGAAUUGAGCACACCUACCGAUCCAAAGUCUGGUGUAGAGCGGCCGAAAGUGCUCUUUACUAUGGAUGGGAUCGAUCAUGCUAUGCGAGAAUCAAGCUACCUGGACCGUCUUGCUCGCCCUAUCCAUGCUCAUCGUUUGGCAUUGAUCAAACAUUUCACAUCCCUCCUCUCUGGAGAGGUCAAGUUGCCAAACGGCGGCAUGAUCAUUGGUGCAACGAGUGGAUCAAAUAGGCCUCAAGUGCCGACAUUUGACAUCUGCCUUGCGAAAGACGAAGCCCGGAGGAAGCUCUCUUCAACCGGUCUGUGGAGUCCCUUCAUUGCCCAUGACAAGCUCGUCCAGCAAGUGAUGCGCACCGUAGACGUGUGGUACUUGGAUGGCAUAGAUCGGCCGGAAGCUCGUGGUAUUAUCGACUACUACGCCCAGUCCGGAAUGCUCCGUGACACCGUCACGGACAAUUUGGUGAGUGAGAAAUGGGCUAUUGCCGGACGUGGCAUCAUCGGAGAGAUCGAACGUGCUACUAUACGCAUGAGAGUCUGA